AGACCAACAACAACACAAAAAUGAAAUUGAUCAUUGCUUUCGCCGCUCUCGUUGCCGUAGCUUUGGCUGCUCCACAACACAAAGAGGAUAAGGAUGCUUACGUAGUUAAGCAAGAGUUGGACAACAUCGGCGUCGAUGGAUACCAACACGCUUAUGAGACCAGCAAUGGAAUCUCCGCCUCUGAACAAGGACAACUCAUCAACGUUGGAACUGAAAACGAAGCCAUCGCCGUCCGUGGACAAUUCUCUUACAUUGGUGCUGAUGGUGUCACUUACACUGUUACCUAUGUUGCCGAUGAGAACGGUUUCCAACCACAAGGCGCUCAUAUCCCAAAAGAUGAUCACUAAACUACUAUAAAAACUGAU